CAAGGGCGAUAUUAUAAUACAAUUUUAACAUGCAUAGGGUGUAAAGGCUUAUAGCCAGUAUAAAAGACAGUUGCAGACCAAAAUGGGACGCAGUAGUAGGGCACUACUCAAUUAGAAGUGUUCUUGCAUUAUAUUUCCAUGACGAUGAAGGUUCUGAGCAUUGUAAUCCUAUUUUGUAUUUUAAAUUGUACAUUAGCAACAUAUGGAACUUUAAGUGGCCCAUCUUAUGUCACAUAUGAUUCCCAAACUCCAAUCAGUUAUACUGUAGGAAGUUCCGCAGGUCAAGGAAUUCCUUCCAGUGCGAUAUCAUAUGGAUCAGGUGGCUAUAGUUCUUAUGGUGGUCAUUUAGGUGGUGCAGGAGGUGCUUAUCAAGUAGCAGUGUCACCAAGCAGUAGUUUCUCAGGAGGAUAUUCUUACCCUGUAACAACAGUAAGUUCGGCAGGUUUAGGAACUUCUUCCAGUGCAUCACUGUAUGGAAUCUCAGGUGGCUACGGUUCAUAUGGUGGCUACUCAGGAGGUGGGGCAGGCACUUAUCAAGUGGCUGUUUCUCCAAGCAGAAGUUUCUCUGGAGGAUAUUCUUACCCAGUAAGACGAAGAGUCCCUUCUAGUGUAUCAUCAUACGGAAUCUCUGGUGGCUACAGUUUAUAUGGUGGUUACGCAGGAGGUUCAGGGGGCAUUUCUGGUCGUCAGAUAGCCGUGUCUCCAAGCAGAAGCUUUUCCGGAGGAUAUUCUUACCCAUCUGGACAAUCUUAUUCUAUUCCAGCUGCAAGAAGGCCAUCAGCUGGUGUUUAUACUUCUCGGUCUCGAUAUACCCCCGCACCUCAAGUUAGAAGUGUAAUUCAGUCCCCUCAAAUCCAGUAUACAACUGGCGCUAUUCAGAGUCAGUAUGCAGCUCCUCAAAUCCGAUAUAGAUCUGGAGGAGCUCAGAGGCGAUUAGCUGCUCCUGCUGCUGCCCCUCGUAUUAGCUAUGCCGCAGCUCCUGCACCUCAGAUUCGUUAUGCUGCUGCUCCUGCACCUCAGAUUAGUUACGCUGCUGCCCCUACACCUCAAAUUCGUUAUUCUGCCCCUGCACCUCAAAUUCGUUAUUCUGCCCCAGCACCUCAGAUUCGUUAUUCUGCCCCGGCACCUCAGAUUCGUUACUCUGCCCCGGCAUCUCAGAUUCGUUAUUCUGCCCCAGUACCUAAGAUUCAGUACACUUCCGGUGCUGCUCGAUCUGAAUACGCUUCUUACCCAGCCACUAGUUUAUACAGCCCAGUUGGCAGACCUUCAUAUUCAGCUAUCAGACCAGCAACCGGAUAUUCCGCUCCUGUAUCUAGACCAAGAAUCAGAUAUUCUGCUCCUGUUUUCAGACCAGCUGUCAGAGAUUCUGCUCAAUUUAUCAGACCAGCUGUCAGACCUUAUACCAAACAAGCAGCACCAGCUGUUGCACCUGCAGUCAGUUACUCUGCUCCUGUAGCUCCAAUUUCCAGCUACUCAGCUCUUGUCUCUAGACCACAAGUUAGAUAUUCAGCUCCAAGGCAACAAGUCAGAUAUUCUGCUCCAGUUACCAGUCAAGUUCGUUAUUCUGCUCCAGGUAUCAGAUAUUCAGCUCCUUCUGUCGCUGCUUAUGGUACAUUAACCAGUUCGGUUUCCAGUGCAACGGGCAGAUACUCUUAUCCUGCAACCACUUCAUACGUACCUGCUUCUGAAGUCGCCCAGACUUCCUAUAAUGUUAUUCCAACAUCUUACGAAAACAUUCAGGAGGUUCCAUCCAGGGUAGCUAUAUCAGCUCCUGAACCUGCUUUAUCUGCUGCUGUGGUGCAAACCAGCCAACCUGUUGUUACCAGUAGUGUGUCUACUUUGCCAAUCAGUACUUAUAGCGGUUCAUCCACGCUAGGAUACAGUGGUGUCGGAGGUUUCAGAUAUGGUGGCAGCUACAGUUUUCCUACAGUAAGGAAUUACGAUGGCAAAAGUAUCAAUUAGACAAGUUCCUGAAUUCCUUUAAUGUCAAGAUUUUUGACAUCUUUAAGGAGUUCCCAAAAUGUGCUUUGAGAUGCAAUGACUUAUUUCCAGAAAUAGACUUUAAUCGUAAGAUCUUUCAGAAACAAAUUUUUCCAGAGAAACUGCAGUGUUAUCGACAAAACGAAAUUUUCUGAAAAUGCUCAAUAAAAAUUCUUAAUUUAGAAUAAAUACAUUUUUUAUUUUA